GUAGUACUUCCGGUUUGGCGGUAAAGCGUGUUCUGGUUAUUCCUCGAACGCUAACGUUUCUCUGACGAAAGGAAGUCAAACAUCUAACUUAGAAUUUGUCGUACUUACUUGAAUUCAACAGAAAAUGAGUUUACCUCUCAACCCAAAGCCUUUCCUGAACGGUCUCACAGGAAAACCAGUGAUGGUGAAGCUGAAGUGGGGGAUGGAGUAUAAAGGCUACCUGGUGUCUGUGGAUGGAUACAUGAAUAUGCAGCUGGCAAACACGGAAGAAUACGUGGACGGAGCGUUGGCAGGUCACCUCGGCGAAGUCCUCAUCAGGUGUAAUAACGUUCUGUACAUCAGAGGAGUAGAAGAAGAGGAGGAGGACGGAGAGAUGAGGGAGUGACGGCGCCGUCUGACCGUGUUUGUGUUUUCACCAUGUGAAACAAAUGAUCGUCCGUGGGCGGGGCAGGGAGGCUGGGAGGGGGGUGGAGUUUUCUUUUCACGUUGUUUUUGCUUUUCUUUUUUUUUUCUUUUUUUUUACUGUAUAUGAGACCAAUUUUAAGUUGUGACAUUAUGAUACAGACACAAUAAAGUGAUUCUUGUCCUCUUUCUUAAACCUGUUUUUCUAACAUUGUGUCUCAUUUUGUCUCGUCAUUAAACUGAACUCAUCCUGCAA